AUGGUACCAAAUGGUUUCAAAACUUGGAACCAAUUGGAAACCACGGACGACGGACGACGGACGAUGGCGGAUGAUGGCGGACGACGGAUGAUGGCGGACGACGGACGAUGGCGGACGACGGACGAUGGCGGACGACGGACGAUGGACGACGGACGAUGGACGGCGGACGACGGACGGACGAUGGCGGACGACGGACCCCGGACGACGGACGAUGGACGGCGGACGACGGACGGACGAUGGCGGACGACGGACCCCGGACGACGGACGAUGAACGGACGAUGGCGGACGAUUUAG